AUGCCCACUCUGCCUGAGGAAGAGGAGGACUCUCCUGAGGAGGUUGACUCUAGUUCUAGUUCCCCUACCACAUUCACACCAGCUGAAAACAAAGUCGUGACUGUGACCUUGGCUGCUCCUUCCAUCGUCCUGCCAAAACAAGUCAGCUCUAGUCAGCUGGACACCCAUGCCCUUGAGCAAGCUAGACCACAUAGUCCACGGCCACGACUGGCCAGAAACACAAGCCCCUCAGGACCUAUUACCACAGUGGAUAAUGAAGGUCAUGUGAUUGACCUGGUGAAGGACCAGCUACCAGAGCUACAGUUGUCUGAGGAAGAUCGUCAGAAGAACCUAGAGCUACUGGAGGAGGCCAAGAAAGUGAGCGACCGCUUCUUGACGCGCAGGGGUAGGAGGUCCACCUGUGGCCUCACUGAAUCCCCCACAGCUCUUUCCCCCAACCCCACUCCAUGCUCCUCUCCAGUUCCAUCCAGAAACAGCUCAGUCACAACACCCCCAUCAAUAGCCAUGGAAGCCACUGAGGUUAACUAUUCCAGCCUUCCCAGUAGUCAGCAUCUGGAGGUGCCCUCUGUAUGGAACCAAGGAGACACAAAUAAACCAGACCAGGAGAGCGCAAAGAGACUGGUGGACUGGAAACCAAGUGAAAAGAGAAAGGUGUCCUCCGGUACUCUAGUUCCCCGUCACUCGGCCCAGGCGUCAGCUCGAGAGCCUGCUGUAGCACAGAAAGAGAACACUGACCAAAAGGUGACAGCGGAUAGUGGCAAGAAGGCAGUUACAGCUUCAGUGAUUCAAAAAGCAGAGGAGGCCCCAGGACGAGGCAACGGCCAGAGCCCAGCCACAGGGGUGGCCAAACCUGUGCCCCGGCCACACACUCAGCAAGCGCCUUGUACAGCUGAGAUCAAAACCAUUGGAGCCUUCCCACCGCUUAUGAGGGCCGUCUCCUGGGAUACGGUGGGCCCCAUGGGCAUAAGAAAUGGUGCACAAAACUACUCCCCAAAAGAGGAGGAGACCUUCUCUUUCUCAGACAAACCCAGAGAGUCUCUGUUCAAGUCCACUGGGUACAAGGACUUCCCUGUGCCGCCUACAAACGUGCAGAAACUUUCCAAGCUGCGUGAGGAGCACAAACUGAUUCGAAACCAGAGUAUCUCUGGAUCAAAGCUGCCAGAUUUGAGUGAAACAGCAGAGCAGGAGCGAGGACCCCCAUCUUCCCCUGGCCCUGGGUCUGCCUCUGAAGAUGAGGCUAAAGAGAAGGCAGAUGCCAUGCCCAAUAUUUCAGACAUUAUGCUGCGCAAGCUCAAACUGCACAGGGGUCUACCAGGGUGUGCACCUCCUCUCUCAGAAAAAGAAGUUGAGAACGCAUUUGUGCAGCUGUCACUGGCAUUCCGGAAUGACAACUACACUCUGGAGACGCGACUGCGACAGGCGGAAAGGGAGCGAAACCUGACAGAGGAAAACACAGAGAAGGAACUGGAAGAAUUCAAAAACUCUCUUAAGAGCAUGGUGUCACUGUGGCAGAACGCCGAGCAAAGGGAGUCCUACCAGCGCCUCAUAGAGACGGUGGCGGUGCUACAUCGCCUGACCAUACGCUUGUCCAGCAGGGCGGAGAUGGUGGGAGCUGUGCGACAGGAGAAGAGAAUGAACAAGGCCACAGAAGUAAUGAUGCAGUAUGUGGAAAACCUUAAGAGGACCUAUGAGAAAGACCAUGCAGAGUUAAUGGAGUUCAAAAAACUUGCCAACCAGAACUCUAACCGCUGCUAUGGGGGCUCGAUGGACACUGGAGAUGAUGGAGUUCCACGACAUUCAAGGUCUAUGUCUCUGACUAUGGGAAAGGCCUUGCCCAGAAGGAGGGUCAGUGUCGCCGUGGUUCCCAAAUUUAAUCUCUUGAAUAUCCCUGGGCAAACCCCAGCCACAGCUGGCCCUGGACCUGGCCCCAACACUAAUUCCAGUGCGGGCUCCACACUUCCUGUACUGUGUGAGGCAAACAUGAAGAGCAAUACUACUACUGACUCUGCACAGCAGGCUGUGCCUGAGGGGUGAAAUGGAAGCCCCUUAUCGAAACAGGAAAGUGAAGCAUCUGCUCCAGCAAAACCUCCCUGCAAUCCAGAGGAGAUCAGAGCAGAGAUCAAGGCCAAGAUUGAGGAGGAAGCUUACAACAAAGGAUACCAGGAGGGUCUCAGAAGAAGUAAAGAACUUCAGGAACUGAAAGAAGAAGAUGAGAAGGUAGAGGAGAACCAGGUGGAGGUAGAGGAGAAGGCUGAAGAAACAUCCAAAGAAAGGAAGCCUUGCAGCAAGUAUGAGGAGGCACUGGAGAUCCUUGAUCGGAUAUGUCCAAAGAUCUUCAGACAGAACCGACUGCUUUGGACUGUCCUUACCCUGAUCUUGGUCACAUUGUUUUUCGUCAAUAUUUUGAUGUACUUCAGUCACCGUCAUAAUGAAUACGGAGACACAUCGGCAGAAAAAUCUGCCCUCUCUGGCAAGAAGAAGUUUUUUGGACUGAAUGUAGGAUCACAGCCUCCAACUCCAGAAUGA